AGUGUUGGCCAAUCCCAGCAGCCAUACUUCAACCACCCAUAGACUGCUGAAUGUUCAAACUGUGUUCAAAUAAGAUGGUGUCACAAGAAAGAUCUGAAGUGGAGCUUCUGGUAUCCCUAGGAGCGCGAAGUGAAAACGGAAGGUACCUGCAGGAUCCAAUUGUGUCCAUUGAUCUCUCAGAGUGGCUGAGGAUAAUAGAGUUUCUUCUUCAAGGUCUCAGGGUGUACGGCUCUGUGUAUCACAUCAGUCACGGGAACCCCUUCAACAUGGAGGUGCUGGUGGACUCCUGGCCCGAAUAUCAGAUGGUUAUUAUCCGGCCCCAAAAGCAGGAGAUGACUGAUAACAUGGAUUCAUACACAAACAUAUAUCAUGUGUUCUCCAAAGAGCCUCAAAAAUCAGAAGAAGUUUUGAAAAACUGUGAGAUCAUAAACUGGAAACAGAGACUCCAAAUCCAAGGUCUUCAAGAAAGUUUAGGUGAGGGGAUAAGAGCAGCUACAUUUUCAAAGUCAGUGAAAGUAGAGCAUUCGAGAGCAGUCCUCUUGGUUACGGAAGAUAUACUGAAGCUCAAUGCCUCCAAUAAAAGCAAGCUUGGAAGCUGGGCUGAGACAGGCCACCCAGAUGAUGAAUUUGAAAGUGAAACUCCCAACUUUAAGUAUGCUCAGCUGGAUGUGUCUUAUUCUGGGCUGGUAAAUGACAACUGGAAGCGAGGGAAGAAUGAGAGGAGCCUGCAUUACAUCAAGCGCUGCAUAGAAGACCUGCCAGCAGCCUGUAUGCUCGGCCCAGAGGGAGUCCCGGUCUCAUGGGUAACCAUGGACCCUUCUUGUGAAGUAGGAAUGGCCUACAGCAUGGAAAAAUACCGAAGGACAGGCAACAUGGCACGAGUGAUGGUGCGAUACAUGAAAUAUCUCCGUCAGAAGAAUAUUCCAUUUUACCUCUCUGUGCUGGAAGAAAAUGAAGAUGCCCGCAGAUUUGUGGGGCAGUUUGGUUUCUUUGAGGCCUCCUGUGAGUGGCACCAAUGGAUCUGCUACCCACAGAAUCUUGUUCCAUUUUAGACAAUGAAGCUGCUUAGUAAUCUCUGCCCAGCCAUCUCUUAAUAUUAAAGCAGACACCACAGAAAAGAUUUCUUCACUUACAAAUGCAUAUUGGGCAGUUAUAAUACAGCAGGAACUCUUCUCACAUGGAGCCUUGAUGUUAAAAGACACAGUCAUGCUCUUGAGGAGCUUACAAUCCUGGCUGGAGGCAGGAGAGGGUAUAGUCUUCAAAUAUGCAUAAGUGUUGUAGGGAAGGACAGAGUUACCAGUAAACAUGUAACUAGAAAGCCUGGCUCAGUUCUUACUUCUGGGAAUCAGAACUCUUUAUGAAACUUGGUUGAUAGAAUCUACUAUCUGGAAGAUAAAUGAAGGAUUUUAAUAAAAUUGUCAAUAGAAUAAACUUAAUCUAUAUGGAUACUUUAUUGGAAAUGAAUAUCCCUGCUAUUUCUGGAUUUAUGAGUCAUGGUACACUAAAGAAUGGAAUCAGUCUCUUAGUUCAGUGAGUAGAAAGGUAUCCAAGGUGAAGCCUGAGACAAAUGGCUUUCCCAGGCUACCUUCCAUCAUUGUUGUGCAGAAAAGAAAUCCAGAGAAUCAAAUAGACUGGCCUUGGGGCCUCUGCUAUGGAAAUGCAUAUUUUUUUGUGUCUCCUUUCUCCUACUCUUUCUCACAUC